AUGGGUAAUACAAUUUCUGAAAGGAAACAAAGACAGUUUGUUUUAUACAAGGAUAUAAAAAAUAAAAUAAAAAAAAGAAAUCAUUUGGAUAUAAAAAAUAAUCUGUAUAUAAGUAAUUUACAUGAAAAGAAGUUAAUUACUUACAAUGAUGAAAUUUUUGAAUUAUAUGAAACAUAUGAAGAGGAUGGACAGAAGAAGGAAUACAUGAGUGAUACAGAGAAUAAAAAAAAUUAUGAUAUAAAAAUUAAUUUUAAAAAUGAUAAAAAGAAAAAUAUAUCAUUAAAUAAAUGUGAUAAUCAAUAUGAUAAGCAAUAUGAUAAACAUUAUUAUGAAAAGGAUAUUUAUGAAUAUAAUGAAGAUAAUAAAAUGAAUACAAACAACGUAAAAGAAAAAAAAAAUGAUAAAAUGUUUUUUGAAUUCGAUUAUGGAUCAUUUUAUAAUGUGGAAGAAAGAAGUAGCACCUUUGAAAAAGAUCAAAAGAAACCAAAAUAUUAUAGCAAUAUAUAUGAAGAAAAUAAAAUAACCAAAAAAUAUGAACUAGAUAAAGAUAGCCUAGACAUAAAAAAAAAACAUAUUAACAAUUUGAAUUAUGAAAAUGAAAAGAAGACAGAAAAAAAAAAUUCAAAAAGUACCAUGUUAAAAAAAAAAAAAAAAAAUUCAAAAAGUGAUAAUGUCGAUAUAAAUAAUAUGGUACAAAAUAAAACAGUUAUUUAUAAUGAUAAUGAAAAAAAAAUUUAUACUAUUAAUGAUAAGGAUUAUAAUAAAAUGGAUCAAUUAAAUAUGCAAAAAAAUAAUAAUGAUAAUAAUAAUAAUAAUAAUAAUAGUAAUAUUAUUACACAUAAUUCUUCCACAUAUAAAUCAGUUCAUUUAAGAAAUAUAUCAGACUAUAAAUGCAAAAUAAAAUGUAAUAAUAAUAUACAAAAUGAACACAAACAUUAUAUAUAUAAUAAUGAAGAUACAAAUAACGAAAAUAAAAGUGUAAAAAAAUUCUUCAUGUUAAUUAAAAAUAAUAAAAAUAUUCUACAAAAUAUAUUAUCCUUUUUAAAUUGUAGUGAUUUGUUAAAUUUUCAAAAAACAUGUUCCACAACAUAUAUAUGUAUUAGUGAUUUCUUAGAUUAUAUAUGUUUACAUAUAUAUUCAAAAUUUAAAAAUAAAUAUGACAAUUAUUUUGAACCGUUUAAUUAUUUUUAUAAAUAUGAAUAUCUUUAUACAGACAAUCCAUCAUGUAGAUUAGACUGUAUAUUGAUAGCGAAGAUGAAUAAAGAGUGCGUAGGGUACAACAACCGUUUUGGAUAUAAAUACAAAUACUUAUAUGAUAAAAAGAAGACAUCUUAUUAUGUAUAUUUCAACUUUAAUGUAUUAAAAUGUUACAACCCUAGGAUAAUAGAAAUAUAUAAAGAUAUAUCGUAUAAUAAUGGAGAUGAUAUUAAUGUUUCUCAUAUAGUAAAUAAUGAUGUAUGUUCUAAUGAUUAUAUAUGUAUACCUAUAAAUUUAUUUAAUUUUAUUGGUACUGUAGCUUUUGAUUCUAUACGUUUUAUUCAAAAUAAGUUGAGUAAAUAUAUAACUUAUAAUAAUCAGUUGGAUGAUCAACUAUGGUAUAAUAAAGAGGAAUAUAAAAUUUUAAGAAAAGAAAACAAACUUAUUACCCCUGAAACAUUUUUUCCACAUUUAAAACAUAUUAGUACUAUAUAUUCUGGUAUUGAUGUAACUGUUAUGAAAUCUACAUAUAAAGCUGUGGAACCGGGAAACUUAGGUAAGCGUAGUUAUAGCUUAUGGGGAAAUUAUUUCAUCAUUGAAAAUAAACUUGAUCCAGUUUUUAUUUUUUUAAAAAGAGAAGGAUUACAACAUGAUUAUAUAUAUCAAAAUUAUUAUUUAAGAGUUGGUGAUUCUAUUGUAUUUUAUUUAAUUAAGGGUGGUAAUGAUAUUUGA